AUGCUACUGCUGCGAACACCGCUCAAACACGCCUUGACGAAGCCACGCCCGACUACAAAAAGUUUGCAUCCACGCGACCCGUCAUCACUCAACACGGUCAAGCAAGUCUUGAAGUCGGGUUUUUAUGCGGGGAACAAGACCGUCCCCGAUAUCACCGUGAACGAUGAUCGGAUGGGCACUGAUCUGAAAGAGUUGGUGGAACUUUUGGUGUGCAACGUCAUGGCAGCCGCUAGGAAAAUUGGGAUCCGUCUGCCUAAACAAUUCCGCUUUGCCCGUAACGUGAGACCUGUGGAAAAUCCAGUUGUUGGUAUUCCUAUCCGUGAGAAUGAGAAAACUGCGGAUCUUGAGACUGCGAAUCAUGAGACUGCGUUCAGUGAGACUGCGAUUAUGGAGACUGCGACCCAACCCUUUCAUCAAAUUUCGGAUCCUCGAAUGUACCACGGAGAUCUCGAGGGUGACAAGCGGAACUUUGAACGUACCGAGGCAUUUUGGAAACACGACAAAGAUAAUGAAGUCAUCGACGCGCCGAAACUAGGGAAGUUGUUGGAGGCUAAUAAGAAAGCAUCGGGAUCGAAGCACGUUGAACCGGACGAAGUCAUAAUUACCAUGUUGCUCUCUAGAAGUCCACUGGAUGUAGUGACGCUACUAAAAUCGCUUCGUGAGAUUAAGGGCAUGGAAGGUGAGGCCGACGCGUUGCACAGGCGACUACUUGUGAUCCUUAAAGAUUAUCCAGGCGUGGUGUCUUACGCGUGGAUGGAGUCGGAAUAUCUUCCCGAAGAGCUUUUUAAGAUCGUCCGGUUGGAUGGAACGAUAGACUACGAUGAAACAUCAACCUUUCUAUCAGAGUGGCUAUGGUACAUUGGCAAGUACAGCGAAACACACUUACCUUCAUUUCGCGUAGAACACGCAGUAAAACUUCUAUUUCAAAGCAAAGGCGAUGAAUACGUGAACGCUUUUUUCGAUGGAAUCAAAAAAAUACCUGGACGUGAGAAACUUGCCGAUGAGCUGCUUGAACUUUACGUGUAA